AUGUCGCGGAGGAUAGGACGUAUCGGUGACUGGAACAACUCCUCUCCGGGAUCUUCCAACAACAACUCGCGACAAUCGUCCAGAGGACCGAGGAUUGCUACACUGCGCGACGCUACCUCUGGAUCUGGGAGUGGAUCGGCGUUCGGAGGCGGUGGCUUCGGCGGGCACGACGACGAUGACGAAGACGACGGCCACGGCCAUGACCACAGCCACGGCGACGUGCCCGAGCACGAUGAGGGCGAGAGCUGGUAUGCUGGUGGUGAGCGGAGCGGGAUCAGCGUCGAGAACCCGGAUCGGGACCGGAUGAGGAACAUCCCCGGGGGCGACGUCGUACGCGAUCUGCUUAGGCGCGCGGCCGAGGCAGGCCCACCGCCUGAUCUUGAGCCUCGAAGCGGGAGCGGCAGGAGUGCUUUCUUCGGAGGCGGGCAUACACUGGGAUCCGAUGAAGUGGAUAGCACCUACGUGCCGGACCCGGAUGCCCCAGCUCAGGCAGAAGAUGACGAACCUCUGGCCAUCCGUCACAUCGUGUUCUGGCGAGAAGGAUUCACGGUCGAGAAUGGUCCGCUCAUGCGAUACGACGAUCCCGCUAACGCGCAAGUUUUGAACGAGCUCAACUCGGGACGUGCGCCGCCGACUAUACUCGGAGUUCAACCCGGACAACCCGUCGAGCUGCGCGUCGAACGACGGCUGCACGACGAAUACGUGCCUCCCCCCAAGACGCCCGUCACCGCCUUCGCCGGCUCUGGAAACAGGCUCGGCAGCCCCAUCCCCGCAUUCACAGGUCCGGGCUCGAAUCGUCCGUCCAUGCCGGGUGGAUUUCCUGCCGCCAGCUCGAGCUCGAGGGCAAGUGCAAGCGUGAGCUCGAGUGCAAGGCCGGAUCGGGAGAGCAUCAGUACGCGGUUCGAGGUCGACCAGACGAAGCCGACGACGAGCGUGCAGAUCCGACUCGCGGACGGUACCAGGAUGGUCGCGCGUAUGAACUUGACGCAUACCGUUGGGGACAUCAGGAAUUUCAUCAAUGCGUCACGUCCGGAAAACAACACGCGCGCUUAUACGAUCCAAACCACGUUCCCGGCGAAAGUGCUCGAGGACGAUUCGCAGACCAUCGAAGCUGCCGGACUGGUCAACAGCGUCGUCGUCCAAAGGUGGGCGUGA